AUGUGCCGUUCAUUGGUACCUUCAUCAACACCUAAUGACCUUCAAGCAACACUUGAUAAGAUUGUUGAUGAAAAGUAUCAGAAAUAUCAACAAUUGAAGAUAUUAGAAAAGGAAGAACAAAGAAUUGUCGACGAAGAGAAGAAGAUUCAAGAUAAAAAGAAAAAGAUCGAAGAAUAUAAAAAGAAGAUCCAAGAAGAAGAUCCAAGAAGAAGAGAUGAUGGUUGA